AUGCGAAAGGGGAGCUGUUGGAAUUCAAAUAGACUUUCUGGUUCCCAGCAGUCGGCAGUAAUAGAAUGCUUUCAGGAAGAUGACAGAAUCAGGAGAAAGAUGCUGUUUUGCACUAUCUUGAUUUGUUACAGCAGCCAACUUAUUGGCAUGAUGGAGUGACAGGAAAAACAGCUGGCAUGGAAGAUGAAAGAGAAGAUGUUCAAAAGAAAACAUUCACAAAAUGGAUAAAUGCACAAUUUUCUAAGUUUGGAAAACAGCACAUAGAGAACCUCUUCAGUGACCUGCAGGAUGGGAGACGCCUCUUAGACCUCCUUGAAGGCCUGACAGGGCAACAACUGCCAAAAGAAAAAGGAUCUACAAGAGUUCAUGCCCUGAACAAUGUCAACAAGGCACUGCGGGUCUUGCAGAAAAAUAAUGUUGAUUUAGUGAAUAUUGGAAGCACUGACAUAGUUGAUGGAAAUCAUAAACUGACUCUUGGAUUGAUUUGGAAUAUCAUCCUCCACUGGCAGGUCAAAAAUGUAAUGAAAAAUAUCAUGGCUGGAUUGCAACAAACCAACAGUGAAAAGAUACUUCUGAGCUGGGUCCGACAAUCAACGCGUAAUUAUCCACAGGUUAAUGUCAUCAAUUUUACCACCAGCUGGUCUGAUGGCCUGGCUUUGAAUGCUCUCAUCCAUAGUCAUAGGCCAGACCUGUUUGAUUGGAAUAGUGUGGUUUCCCAGAAAUCAGCCACACAAAGACUGGAACAUGCAUUCAACAUUGCCAAAUGUCAGCUAGGCAUAGAGAAACUGCUGGAUCCUGAAGAUGUUGCUACCACUUAUCCAGAUAAGAAGUCUAUCUUAAUGUACAUCACAUCGCUCUUUCAAGUUUUGCCUCAACAAGUGAGCAUUGAAGCUAUCCAGGAAGUAGAAAUGUUGCCAAGGCCAUCAAAAGUGACUAGAGAAGAACAUUUUCAAUUACAUCAUCAGAUGCACUAUUCUCAACAGAUCACAGUCAGUCUAGCACAAGGCUAUGAGCGAACUUCUUCCUCUCCUAAGCCUCGCUUCAAGAGCUAUGCCUACACUCAGGCUGCUUAUGUCACCACCUCUGACCCUGUGCGGAGCCAGUUCCCUUCACAGUAUUUGGAAGCUCCUGAAGACAAGUCAUUUGGCAGUUCAUUGACAGAGACUGAAGUAAGCCUGGACAGCUACCAAACAGCUUUAGAAGAAGUACUCUCAUGGCUUCUUUCUGCAGAGGAUGCACUGCAAGCUCAAGGAGGAAUUUCAAAUGAUGUAGAAGAAGUGAAAGAACAAUUUCAUACUCAUGAGGGAUAUAUGAUGGAUUUGACAUCACAUCAGGGAAGGGUUGGUAAUAUUCUACAACUGGGAAGUCGACUAAUUGGAUCAGGAAAAUUAUCAGAAGAUGAAGAAACUGAAGUACAAGAACAAAUGAAUCUCCUAAAUUCCAGAUGGGAAUGCCUCAGGGUAGCUAGUAUGGAAAAACAAAGCAAUUUGCAUAAAGUUCUAAUGGAUCUCCAGAAUCAAAAAUUGAAAGAAUUAAAUGAUUGGCUAACAAAAACUGAAGAAAGAACAAAGAAAAUGGAGGAAGAGCCUCUUGGACCUGACCUUGAAGACUUAAAACGACAAGUACAACAACAUAAGGUGCUUCAAGAAGACCUAGAGCAAGAGCAAGUCAGAGUCAAUUCCCUCACUCACAUGGUGGUGGUGGUUGAUGAAACUAAUGGAGAUCAUGCAACAGCUGCUUUGGAAGAACAACUUAAGGUAUUGGGAGAUCGAUGGGCAAACAUCUGUAGGUGGACAGAAGACCGCUGGGUUCUUUUACAAGAUAUACUGCUAAAAUGGCAGCGUUUUACUGAAGAACAGUGCCUUUUUAAUGUGUGGCUUGCAGAAAAAGAAGAUGCAAUGAAUAAGAUUCAAACAACUGGCUUUAAGGAUCAAAAUGAAAAGAUAGCAAGUCUUCAAAAAAUGGCUGUAUUAAAAACAGAUCUAGAAAAGAAAAAACAAACCAUGGAAAAGCUCAGUUUACUCAGUCAAGAUCUCCUUUCAACACUGAAAAAUAAGUCAGUAACACAAAGGAUGGAAGUGUGGAUGGAAAACUUUGCCCAACGUUGGGAUAAUUUAACCCAAAAACUUGAAAAGAGUUCAUCACAGAUUUCACAGGCUGUCACCACCACUCAGCCAUCACUAACACAGACAACUGUAAUGGAAACGGUAACUAUGGUGACCACAAGGGAACAAAUUCUGGUAAAACAUGCCCAAGAGGAACUUCCACCACCACCUCCCCAAAAGAAGCGACAGAUUGUUGUGGAUUCUGAAAUUAGGAAAAGGUUGGAUGUUGAUAUAACUGAACUUCACAGCUGGAUUACUCGCUCAGAAGCUGUGUUGCAGAGUCCUGAAUUUGCAAUCUAUCGGAAAGAAGGCAACUUCACAGACCUUAAAGAAAAAGUCAAUGCCAUAGAGCGAGAAAAAGCCGAGAAGUUCAGAAAACUGCAAGAUGCCAGCAGAUCAGCUCAGGCACUGGCGGAACAGAUGGUGAAUGAGGGUGUUAAUGCUGACAGCAUCAAACAAGCCUCAGAACAACUGAACAGCCGGUGGUUAGAAUUCUGCCAGUUGCUAAGUGAGAGACUUAACUGGCUGGAGUAUCAAAACAACAUCAUCACUUUCUAUAAUCAGUUACAACAAUUGGAACAGAUGAUAACUACUGCUGAAAACUGGUUGAAAACCCAACCCACCACCACAUCAGAGCCAACAGCAAUUAAAAGUCAGUUAAAAAUCUGUAAGGAUGAAUUUAACCGGCUGUCAGCUCUUCAGCCUCAAAUUGAGCGAUUAAAAAUUCAGAGCAUAGCCCUGAAAGAAAAAGGACAAGGGCCAAUGUUCCUGGAUGCAGAUUUUGUGGCCUUUACAAAUCAUUUUAACCAAGUCUUUGCUGAUGUGCAGAGCAGAGAGAAAGAACUACAGACAAGUAAGUAAAAAUACUCAAAACAGGGCUUCCUUGAAAUUUUUCAAAGUGUUUACUUGUGGGAAAAUAGAAAUGAAUGACAUAAAAGAAUAACUUCUAUCAAUGGAACUACUCUUGCCUGUGACCUUUAUUAACAAGCACUAAACAAAUUAAGAGCUUUGCAAAGUUCUCUCCAAGAGCAACAAAGUGGACUUAACUAUCUCAACACCACUGUGAAAGAGAUGUCAAAGAAAGCACCCUCUGAAAUUAGCAAGAGGUAUCAAUUAGAAUUUGAAGAUAUUGAGGGUCGCUGGAAGAAGCUUUCUUCUCAGCUGGUGGAACACUGUCAGAAGCUAGAGGAGCAAAUGAAUAAACUUAGAAAAAUUCAGAAUCACAUAAAAACCCUGAAGAAAUGGAUGGCUGAAGUUGAUGUUUUCCUGAAGGAGGAAUGGCCUGCCCUAGGGGAUUCUGAAAUUCUGAAAAAACAGUUGAAACAGUGCAGACUUUUAGUCAAUGAUAUUCAGACAAUCCACCCAAGUCUAAACAGUGUCAAUGAAGGUGGGCAGAAAAUAAAGAGUGAAGCGGAACCAGAGUUUGCCUCCAGACUUGAAAUUGAACUCAGAGAACUUAACACUCAGUGGGAUCACAUGUGCCGACAGGUUUAUGCCAGAAAGGAAGCCUUAAAAGGAGGGUUGGAUCAAACUGUAAGCCUACAGAAAGAUCUGUCAGAGAUGCAUGAAUGGAUGACACAAGCUGAGGAAGAAUAUCUAGAGAGAGAUUUUGAAUAUAAAACACCAGAUGAAUUACAGAAAGCAGUUGAAGAAAUGAAGAGAGCCAAAGAAGAAGCACAACAAAAAGAAAGUAAAGUGAAACUCCUUACUGAGACUGUGAAUAGUGUAAUAGCUCAAGCUCCACCCGCAGCACAAGAGGCCUUAAAAAAGGAACUUGAUACCCUUACCAACAGUUAUCAGUGGCUCUGCACCAGGCUGAAUGGGAAAUGUAAAACUUUGGAAGAAGUUUGGGCAUGUUGGCAUGAAUUAUUGUCAUACUUGGAGAAGGCAAACAAGUGGCUGAAUGAAGUAGAAUUAAAACUGAAAACCACUGAAAGCAUUCCUGGUGGAACGGAGGAAAUCUCUGAGGUGCUACAGUCUCUUGAAAAUUUGAUGCAACAUUCAGAGGAUAAUCCAAAUCAGAUUCGCAUAUUGGCCCAGACCCUAACAGAUGGCGGAGUCAUGGAUGAACUGAUCAAUGAGGAACUUGAGACAUUUAAUUCUCGUUGGAGGGAACUACAUGAAGAGGCUGUGCGAAGGCAAAAGUUGCUUGAACAGAGUAUCCAGUCCGCCCAGGAGAUUGAAAAAUCCUUACACUUGAUUCAGGAGUCCCUUGCAUUCAUUGACAAACAGUUGGCAGCUUAUAUUGCUGACAAACUGGACGCAGCUCAAAUGCCUCAGGAAGCCCAGAAAAAAUUACAAGAUGUCUCCAUGAAGUUUCGAUUAUUCCAGAAACCGGCUAAUUUUGAGCAGCGACUACAAGAAAGUCAGAUGAUUUUGGAUGAAGUGAAGAUGCACUUGCCUGCAUUGGAAACAAAGAGCGUUGAACAGGAAGUAGUACAGUCACAGCUAAAUCAUUGUGUGAAUUUGUAUAAAAGUCUGAGUGAAGUGAAGUCUGAAGUGGAAAUGGUGAUAAAAACUGGACGUCAAAUUGUACAGAAAAAGCAGACUGAAAAUCCUAAAGAACUUGAUGAAAGAGUAACGGCUUUGAAACUGCAUUAUAAUGAGUUGGGUGCAAAGGUAACAGAAAGAAAGCAACAGUUGGAGAAAUGCUUGAAAUUGUCCCGUAAGAUGAGAAAGGAAAUGAAUGUCUUGACAGAAUGGCUGGCUGCUACAGAUACGGAAUUGACAAAGAGAUCAGCAGUUGAAGGAAUGCCUAGUGAUUUAGAUUCUGAAGUUGCCUGGGGAAAGGCUACACAGAAAGAAAUUGAGAAACAGAAAGCUCACUUGAAAAGUGUCACAGAGCUAGGAGAAGCUUUGAAAUCAGUGUUGGGCAAGAAGGAGACCUUGGUGGAAGAUAAACUCAGUCUUCUGAAUAGUAACUGGAUAGCUGUCACCUCCCGAGCAGAAGAAUGGUUAAACCUUUUAUUGGAAUACCAGAAACACAUGGAAACCUUUGACCAAAAUGUGGAUUACAUCACAAAGUGGAUCAUUCAGGCUGAUACACUUUUGGAUGAAUCUGAGAAAAAGAAAUCACAGCAAAAAGAAGACAUUCUUAAGCGUUUAAAGGCAGAAAUGAAUGACAUACGCCCAAAGGUGGACUCCACACGUGACCAAGCAGCGAACUUGAUGGCAAACCGCGGUGACCAUUGCAGGAAAAUUGUAGAGCCCAAAAUCUCAGAGCUCAACCAUCGAUUUGCAGCCAUUUCUCACAGAAUUAAGACUGGAAAGGCCUCCAUUCCUUUGAAGGAAUUGGAGCAGUUUAACUCAGAUAUACAAAAAUUGCUUGAACCACUGGAGGCUGAAAUACAGCAGGGGGUGAAUCUGAAAGAGGAAGACUUCAAUAAAGAUAUGAGUGAAGACAAUGAGGGUACUGUUAAAGAAUUGUUGCAAAGAGGAGACAACUUACAACAAAGAAUCACAGAUGAGAGAAAGCGAGAGGAAAUAAAGAUAAAACAGCAGCUGUUACAGACAAAACAUAAUGCUCUCAAGGAUUUGAGGUCUCAAAGAAGAAAAAAGGCUCUAGAAAUUUCUCAUCAGUGGUAUCAGUACAAGAGGCAGGCUGAUGAUCUCCUGAAAUGCUUGGAUGACAUUGAGAAAAAAUUAGCCAGUCUACCUGAACCCAGAGAUGAAAGGAAAAUAAAGGAAAUUGAUCGGGAAUUGCAGAAGAAGAAAGAGGAGCUGAAUGCAGUACGUAGGCAAGCUGAGGGCUUGUCUGAGGAUGGGGCCGCAAUGGCAGUGGAGCCAACUCAGAUCCAGCUCAGCAAGCGCUGGCGGGAAAUUGAGAGCAAAUGUGCUCAGUUUCGAAGACUCAACUUUGCACAAAUUCACACUCUCCGUGAAGAAACAAUGGUAGUGAUGACUGAAGAUAUGCCUUUGGAAAUUUCUUAUGUGCCUUCUACUUAUCUGACUGAGAUCACUCAUGUCUCACAAGCCCUAUCAGAAGUAGAACAACUUCUCAGUGCUCCUGACCUCUGUGCUAAAGAGUUUGAAGACCUCUUUAAACAAGAGGAGUCUCUGAAGAAUAUAAAGGACAGUAUACAACAAAUCUCAGGUCGGAUUGAUGUUAUUUACAAGAAGAAGACAGCAGCAUUGCAAAGUGCCACACCCACAGAAAAGGCAAAGCUACAGGAAGCUCUCUCCCAGCUGGAUUUCCAAUGGGAAAAAGUUAACAAAAUGUACAAGGACCGACAAUGGAGAUUUGACAGAUCUGUGGAAAAAUGGCGGCGUUUUCAUUAUGAUAUGAAGACAUUUAACCAAUGGCUAACAGAAGCUGAACAGUUUUUCAAGAAGACACAACUCUCUGAAAAUUGGGAACAUGCUAAAUACAAAUGGUAUCUUAAGGAACUUCAGGAUGGCAUUGGACAGCGGCAAACUGUUGUCAGAACACUGAAUGCAACUGGGGAGGAAAUAAUUCAACAGUCCUCAAAAUCAGAUGCCAAUAUUCUACAGGAAAAAUUGGGAAGCCUGAAUCUGCGGUGGCAGGAGGUCUGCAAACAGCUGGCAGAAAGAAAAAAGAGGCUAGAAGAACAAAAGAAUAUCUUGUCAGAAUUUCAAAGAGAUUUAAAUGAAUUUGUUUUAUGGUUGGAAGAAGCCGAUAACAUUACUAGUAUUCCACUUGAACUUGGAAAUGAGCAACAGCUAAAAGAAAAGCUUGAACAAGUCAAGUUACUGGCGGAAGAGUUGCCCCUGCGCCAGGGAAUUCUAAAACAAUUAAAUGAAACUGGAGGAACAGCACUUGUAAGUGCUCCCAUAAACCCAGAAGAGCAAGAUAAACUUGAAAAUAAGCUCAAACAGACAAAUCUCCAGUGGAUAAAGGUUUCUAGAGCUUUACCUGAGAAACAAACAGAAGUUGAAGCUUACCUGAAAGAGUUUGGGCAUCUUGAAGAUCAAUUAGAUUAUCUGCUCCUGUGGCUGUCUCCUAUAAGGAAUCGGUUGGAAAUUUAUAACCAGCCAGGUCAAACAGGACCUUUUGAUAUUAAGGAAACUGAAGUAGCAGUUCAAGCUAAACAACCGGAUGUGGAAAGGAUUUUGUCUAAAGGGCAGCAUUUGUACAAGGAAAAACCAGCCACUCAGCCAGUGAAGAGGAAAUUAGAAGAUUUGAGCUCUGAGUGGGAAGCAGUAAAGCAUUUACUUGGAGAGCUGAAAGCAAAACAGCCUGACCUCGCUUCUGGACUGUCUACUACUAGAGCCUCUCCUAGUCAGACUGUUACUCUAGUGACACAGUCUGUGGUUACCAAGGAAACUGCCAUCUCCAAACUAGAAAUGCCAUCAUCCUUGCUGUUGGAAGUACCUGCUCUGGCAGAUUUCAACCGGGCUUGGACAGAACUCACUGAGUGGCUCUCUCUCCUUGAUCGAGUUCUAAAAUCACAGAGGGUGAUGGUGGGUGACCCUGAAGACAUCAAUGAGAUGAUCAUCAAGCAGAAGGCAACAUUGCAGGAUUUAGAACAGAGGCGCCCCCAGUUGGAAGAACUCAUUACUGCUGCUCAGAAUCUGAAAAACAAAACAAGCAAUCAAGAGGCCAGAACAAUUAUUACUGACCGAAUUGAAAGAAUUCAGAAUCAGUGGGAUGAAGUACAGGAACAUCUUCAGAAUCGGAGGGAACAGUUGAACGAAAUGUUAAAGGAUUCAACACAAUGGCUAGAAGCUAAGGAAGAAGCUGAGCAAGUCUUAGGACAGGCUAGAGCCAAGCUCGAGUCAUGGAAAGAGGGCCCUUACACAAUGGAUGCAAUCCAAAAGAAAAUCACAGAAACCAAGCAGUUGACCAAAGACCUCCGCCAGUGGCAGAUAAAUGUAGAUGUGGCAAAUGACUUGGCACUGAAACUUCUUCGGGAUUAUUCUGCAGAUGAUACCAGAAAAGUACACAUGAUAACGGAGAAUAUUAAUGCCUCUUGGGGAAACAUUCACAAGAGGGUGAGUGAGCGAGAGGCUGCUUUGGAAGAAACUCAGAGAUUACUGCAACAGUUCCCUCUGGACCUGGAAAAGUUUCUUGCAUGGCUUACAGAAGCUGAAACAACUGCCAAUGUUCUACAGGAUGCUACCCAUAAAGAGAGGCUUCUGGAGGACUCCAAGGGAGUCAGAGAGCUGAUGAAACAAUGGCAAGAUCUCCAAGGAGAAAUUGAAGCUCACACAGAUAUCUAUCAUAACCUGGAUGAAAAUGGCCAAAAAAUCCUGAGAUCCUUAGAAGGUUCUGAUGAAGCAGUCCUGUUACAAAGACGUUUGGAUAACAUGAACUUCAAGUGGAGUGAGCUUCGGAAAAAGUCUCUCAACAUUAGGUCUCAUUUGGAAGCCAGUUCUGACCAGUGGAAGCGACUGCAUCUUUCUCUCCAGGAACUUCUGGUGUGGCUACAGCUGAAAGAUGAUGAAUUAAACCGGCAAGCACCUAUUGGGGGCGAUUUUCCAACAGUCCAAAAACGGAAUGAUUUACACAGGGCCUUCAAGAGGGAAUUGAAAACUAAAGAACCUGUAAUCAUGAGUACUCUGGAGACCGUACGAAUCUUUCUGACAGAGCAGCCUUUGGAAGGACUAGAGAAACUCUACCAGGAGCCCAGAGAGCUGCCUCCUGAGGAGAGAGCCCAGAAUGUCACUCGGCUUCUACGAAAACAAGCUGAGGAGGUCAACACUGAGUGGGAAAAAUUGAACCUGCACUCUGUUGAAUGGCAGAGAAAAAUAGACGAGGCUCUCGAACGGCUGCAGGAACUUCAGGAGGCUACAGAUGAGCUGGACCUCAAACUACGGCAAGCUGAGGUGAUCAAGGGAUCCUGGCAGCCUGUAGGAGACCUCCUCAUUGACUCUCUCCAAGAUCACCUUGAAAAAGUCAAGAAAAUAAAUUGACAAAAUGCUCCAAUAAAAGGAAUAGUGUCACAUGCUGGAGAUAUGUAUCAGCAAGUCACAACUCUGGCUGUUUCUAAGUCCCCAUAUCACCUGCACUGCCUUGAGGAUCACAAUACUACUUGGAAGGUAUGGAGGGUGGCCGUGGAGGACCGUGUCCGGCAGCUGCAUGAGGCCCACAGGGACUUUGGCCCAGCAUCCCAGCACUUCCUUUCCACUUCUGUCCAGGGUCCCUGGGAGAGAGCCAUCUCACCAAACAAAGUGCCCUACUAUAUCAA